AUGUGCGGCCUUAGUCUGAAGGGCAAGGAUGUGAUUCCGUUCCUGGAGACGCUCGUGGUUGGCGACAUUGCGGCCCUCAAGGAUGGCACUGGGACCCUGUCGGUCUUCACGAACGAGAAGGGUGGAAUCAUCGACGAUACUGUCAUCACUCGGGUUACUCCUUCGCACAUCUAUCUCGUCGUCAACGCCGGCUGCCGCGAGAAAGACCUGAACCACAUCGGAGCUCAUCUGGAGGCCUACAAGGCGGCUGGCAAGGACGUUUCGUGGCAAAUUCACGACGACCGCGCGCUGCUGGCGCUGCAGGGCCCUCUCGCGGCGUCCACGCUGCAGCCGCUUGUGGCGACGGACCUCUCCAAGAUGUCCUUCAGCGAUUUCACCAUGCUCAAGAUCGACGGCCACGAUUGCUUCCUCACCCGGACGGGCUACACUGGAGAGGACGGUUUUGAAAUCUCCGUGCCUAAUGAGAACGCACUGGCACUUGCCAAGAAGCUUCUCGAGGUGAGCGAGGGCAAGGUGAGGCUCACUGGCCUUGGCGCCCGCGACUCACUCCGCCUGGAAGCCGGACUCUGCCUGUACGGCAACGAUCUAACGGAGGAGAUUACCCCUGUGGAAGGUGCGCUUGCAUGGACAAUCGCGAAGAGGCGGCGGGCAGAAGGUGGAUUCAUUGGAGCUGACGUGAUUUUGAAGCAGCUGGCGGAUGGGCCUGCAAGGAGGAGAGUGGGGUUGACGUCUACUGGAGCACCUGCUAGGAGCCAUGUAGAGAUUUUGGAUAAGGAGGGGAAUGUGGUUGGGGAGGUGACCAGUGGAGGGUUCAGCCCGUGCCUGAAGAAGAACAUUGCGAUGGGGUAUGUGAAGAAUGGGCUGCACAAGGCGGGUACGGAGCUGAAGGUGAAUGUGAGGGGGAAGGUUAAUGAUGCUGUGAUUGCCAAGAUGCCGUUUGUUCCCACCAAGUAUUAUAAGGCGUGA